UUUUUAUUCCUGGCGUCAUAUGACCCACGCACGUGACUGUCUCAGACCAAUGUUGAGAGCAUUCUAGCAAAGGCUUGCAUUCUACUGCUCGACUGUCGCUCUGAGUCAUGUAAAUUGCUCGGUUAUUUCGCCACUUAUGGACAGAUAUCUGAUGAAGUGAAUUUACAUCAUGAGUCAAUUCCUGUAUGUUGUUUGACAGAAGAACAGAGACUCGUCCUAGAUUUAAAUGACUUUUAGUAUUCUUCUCGAUCGGUGACAGUGAUAUGGAAGAAGAAUGAUGGACAUAGAAGCACCGAAAAUUGAUGUCGAAAUGGCCCAAGAGCCCGAAAAAAUGAAUGACAAUUAUACCCCUGAGCCACAGUCCGAAAUGGAGGUUAAAGCAGACUCGCCUCCUCCCUCUCAAAAUGAGGACCUGGAAGAAGGCGAAGACGUAGAAGAAGGCGAAAUCACCGAUGAUGAGGAAAAUGAGGAGGUUUCAGAGGGAGGUGCCUCCAACAGUAGGAUAUCCGAGACAGAAGGUAGUAAGCCCCCUCGGAAUGACAACCCGAAUAAAAAGGGAGCAGAUUCUCAUGUUAGCGAUGCCACAGACGACGAUAAGAAAUCCUCCGUGGACAAGGAGAGUCCUCGCUCCAGGAACUCCAAACACCACAAGGAGAAACGAAAGAAGUCCUCAAAACGCCGUGACGAAGACUCUGAUGAGGAUAAGCGUAGGAAGUUGAAGGAACAGCUAAGAAAAUUGGAAAUGCAAAUGGGAGGACCAGAAGAUGAUGUUGAUGAUGAGGCCAUGGGCAUUUAUACUGCCGGUGGAUCCCCCACCCGUCGAGCGAGGCAAACCGAAAGUGACGAAUUCUCCGAAGGGAGGUCGUCCCGAUCUCGUUCCAGAAGUCCCAAAAGUCGAAAGCGACGACGACGAAGCAAUUCAAGGGAUGUCGGGAAGAAACGCCGAAGAGAUGAGCGUGAACGGAAAGGGGGUCGCCGUGGUCCCCGGGAGAAGUCUGAUGAGAUUUGCAAGAUGUACAUGCAAGGCAAAUGCCCCAAGAGUCCCGACAACUGCAUGUUCUCUCACGACGCGGAACCCCCAAAGAUAUUUGAGCUCUGCAAGUUCUAUCUUCUGGAUCGAUGCGCCAAACGCGAGAAAUGUCUGUACCUUCACAAAGACUUUCCGUGCAAGUUCUUCCAUACUGGUCAAAAAUGCAUCGAUACGGCCGAGAGCUGCAAGUUUAGUCAUGAACCUUUGAGCACCGACACCCGAACCAUACUCUUGAAACAUUUGGAAUCAGCACCCAAAGAGAUUCUGGGUGAUUUCCCUCGCUUAACCAGGGAUGCCGCCAUUGAUCUGGUUUACAAGACGGAAGCCAAGAACAAAGGAUGGACUUCCGAGGAACCGCCUCCAGACUAUGUCCCCAACAUGUCUGCUCCUCGGGGGGGUCCAAUUGAAGAAGGAGGGAUUAGCUCCGUGCAAGAGAAGCUCGUCCAAAUGAGCGAAGGCGGCGGUGCUGGAGUCGGAUCGGGUCCCUUAGGACCACCUAAUAUGGGCAUGAACAUUCCAAGGCCGGGCAUGCCCAGACCUGGUGGUCCAAUGAUGAGGCACCCAGGGCCCAACCAUGCUCCUUUUGAUCAGGGUCCUCCGCAUAUGGGAGGUGAUCGUCGGAGAAAGUCAAGAUGGGAAAGCGAUUAUCCCCCAGCUCCACCAGGCCCGUACAUGGGGGGUCAUCCCCCGAUGUUUGGUCCAGGUGGACCUCAUCGCAUGCGUGGCCCGUUUCCUCGUCGCAAUGAUUUGCCUUAUAGGCCCUAUGGAGAGGGCCCUGGUCACGGAUAUCCCCAUGAACCACCUCAUGAUGGUUACUACCCGAGACCUGACAAUGGAUAUCCGGGAAAUCAUUUCCCACCUCACGUCAGAGUCGGCGGUUAUCCAUCCGAUAAAAACAGCUACCCGCCAGAGGACGAUGAAUUCGAACACCCAAGGCAUAAUCGAGAGCACAGCAGUCGGGAUGGCGGUCGUGACCGCGAUCGUGACCGCUCUCCCACUCCUGUUCCAGAAGAUGAGGCCAUGGAAGAAGAGCAAUCGUCCAGCCUGCCAGAUGUUCACAAACAAUUGUACGAUCGUAUUCAGAAGAAGCAAAAAACCAACGACGCUUCUCCAGAAAAACCCGAGGAAAUCAGAGCCAAAGUAAUCGAGAGUUGGUACGAGUCUGACGAAGAGCCUUCAGAACAGAAAGCACCGAGUGAUAUCAUAAACCCGUCUUCAGUGGGAAAGAUAGGCCUUCCUAAAGAAUUAACCGAGGUGCUUACUGCACUGAAGAGUAGUUCGCCCGGGAAUGGAGACGCCACGUCGGUCACACUCUCGCCUGUGCCAGGAGACAAUGUCACUACAGCUGGAUCGCUGAAAAGAGAUCCCCGAAUGCGCCGUGAUCCCCGAGCUUUGCCCAAUGCCAUUCCUGCUACCAGUCAGAAAGUCCGUGAUCCUCGGAUGAAGCCGAAAACGGAAGUCUCCAAAGGGGGCCAGGACAUCACCAACAUUGAUCUCACGGAAGUGUUCGGUGACCUUGAGCUCCCCACGUUCAAAGAAAACACCGAGUACGAUCCCAAUGAAAACAGCAUGGGUCUGCCUUUCAAACCUCACCGUGUGGGAGGUGUGGCUGAAGAAAUCGCCGCUUCCAUUUUCUCACAUCCUCCUUUGGAAUAUCGCCUUCGCCGCAUGGACAUUGACAAGCCCGAUUAUUCGGACAUGAUCGUCAAACAUCGUCUCUCCACGGACAAAGUCCAGCAAGAUCCUCGUCUCCGACGAUACCGAAAUGCCUCCCCGCUCAAAAGCCCCCCUCACACCGAUGGCUACAAUCCUUCCCAACAUGCUUAUCGAUCCCCUGCCACCCAUUCGAAUCCAAGCUCCACCUCGUCUAGUUAUGCCCCGCCUGCGACGGCAGAAUAUACAUACAAUCCCAAUGCAGACCUGAUGCGCGGUCCCAAGGGUGGAAGUCGUAGAGAUCCGCGCAAAAGGGACUAGAAAGCCAGCUCCCCGCCACCCAUGGGCUCAAUGGCAUUUCAAUCUCUUUGGCUGUGACCUAUAUGCAUAACUUGAUCCAUCAAUAAUAAAUCUUCCUUGCUAUUGAACUAA